GCGCUGAACUGCUUCCCCCCCAGGUACUACCUGCAAGGAGUGUGUCGGGAGGGAAACAAGUGCCUGUUCUCGCACGAUUUGGCCACGAGCAAGUCAUCUACGAUCUGCAAGUAUUACCAGAAGGGACAGUGUGCCUACGGAGCGCGGUGCAGAUAUGAUCACACCAGGCUUCCUGCGUCAGGGGGUGCAGCAGCACCUGUGCCACCUCCCCUUACAUCGGCAGCGCUGCACAGCCCUCGCCACCCUCCCGAGCACAACGCACCGGUAAUCAAGAGCAAGCUGCGUGAGACUGGCAAACGGGAAAAGAAAACACUAGUGCUCCGGGACAGAAAUCUGAGUGGCUUGAAUGAAGAAAAGCAGAAGCCCAGUGCCACAAGCGAUGUGGUGUGUUGCGGUGACAAAAAUGAUAACGUGGAAAUGAAGCCCCAUUCGUAUCUGGAAGCUAUCUGCAGUGGACUGGAAGAUCCUGUAGCUGGAAGUUCCUGUGCUGAUGGAGAGCAGUGGUGUCCUUACGCUGCAGCAGGAGCGUGCCACUUCGGGGAUCGCUGCCUUUACCUGCACGGAGACGUGUGUGAAAUUUGUGGAUUGCAAGUACUUCACCCUUUUGACCAAGAACAGAGGAAGGCUCACGAGAUGAUGUGCAUGGCAACAUUGGAGCAUGACAUGGAGAAGGCCUUUGCCUUUCAGGCAAGUCAGGACAAAGUGUGCAGUAUCUGCAUGGAAGUGGUAUAUGAAAAGCCAUCAGCCUCUGAGAGGAGGUUUGGGAUCCUUUCCAACUGCAAUCACACAUACUGUUUGUCCUGCAUCCGGCAGUGGAGAUGUGCCAAGCAGUUCGAGAAUCCCAUCAUAAAGUCUUGUCCAGAGUGCCGUGUGAUAUCAGAGUUUGUCAUCCCUAGCGUGUAUUGGGUAGAAGACCAGGACAAGAAGAAUGAGCUGAUUGAAGCAUUUAAGCAGGGAGUGGGAAAAAAACCCUGCAAGUACUUUGAACAAGGGAAAGGAACUUGUCCGUUUGGAGGAAAGUGUCUUUACCUUCAUGCCUAUCCAGAUGGGACCCGAGCUGAACCUGAAAAACCAAGGAAACAGCUCAGCUCUGAGGGGACUGUGCGGUUCUUCAAUUCCGUUCGUCUGUGGGACUUUAUUGAAGACAGAGAAAGUCGGACUGUGACCAGCACAGAUGAUCAAGUAACAGAACUUGGAGAACUUUUCAUGCACCUUUCUGGGGCUGAUGAGGAUUCUGCUACUUCUCAAUAAAGGCAACUAAAGGUGCACUCUUUGGUAGCAAUCCAGCUAUUUAUUUAGCGAUGGUUUUAAUUAUUACAGCACGGUUAGAAUGAAUGUGCCCCGUGGUUUACUUGUGCAGUCCUGGUAAAGUUUUCAGAUAGUUUUUUGUAUGGCAACAGAAAAACUAAAAUAUAUUUAAAAAGUUAAACUGAUUGCAUGGAAAAAAAUCCCUUAAUACCAAGAGGAGUCUCUUCCUCUUUGGCCUAACAUAUGCUGUCUUGUAAGUUGAGUGGUAAUGUUAAAUAUGGCUCUUCUCUUGCCGUUUAAAGCAUAAGCUGUUAAAAACUGUUGCUAAAGCUGUUUAGGGUGCUUUUUUUCCUGCUAAAUCAACUAAAACGUAUAUCUACAAAAACCCACUGGGAAUUAUGAUGAGUGUAGCUUCUCCUUUCGUACAGAAGGGAUUUAAGAGCUCAUACGUUAUACCUCAAAGUACUUAGAAUUCAGAAAAAGUUUUCUGUAUUCUUACAGCGAGUGUUUCAGGAAUGGGGCAUGGACGCUGCCUGGCUGUUGAAGACCAGACCAGUUCGACCAUACAAGUUCGGUUCCUACCAUUGUUGUAAAAUAAUGAAGGGCAUAGUGGCAGGAAAUGCCUCCUGGAGCACCUGUUGUAAAGCAAAUACAAUUGUACAAUAUCCAGGCAGAGAGCAGUAGUACUAAUCCUGCAGUCAAAAAUAUCCAGCUAAAUUAACCUAGCACAAACUGGAUAUUACACACUGCAGAAUAAGAAGAUAACUUUCAGUAUUAAUUACAACAGUAAUAUUUUUUUUCCAAAUGUAUUUAACUUGAAGGGAAAACCUUGAUUCAGGUUAAAUGAAGUAGCCAAAAUUAAAUGAGUAACUAAUUUUAUAUCAGUGAUCUUACAGUUCAUAUCUAUACGACAUUAAGUAAUUUCAGUCACAAAAGAAACAAUUAGUUUUAACCACUACUUAUCUUAACUGUGUGGGGAGUAGAUACUUAGCCUUUUCCAUCUCCACGUAUUUCUAGGAUUGAGACAUCCUUGUGAGUCCCAGCCCCAUUUCCCUGUACCUUCCGUCCCCAGUUGCAGCUGGCCGAUGCUGUUACUAAAAGCACAGGGAGAAGCUCCAACAUUUACUACUUCUAAGUGUGGCAGUUCUUUAGGACUGUCUCCAGCUGCUGAUUUGCCUUUUCUGAUUAAGGGCAACACUGAUAGAGGGCCAGAAAGUUACGUAUUAAAGCACAUCUCUUCUGAGCCAAUUGAAUUGUUACUGAAUUGUUUUUUUUCUUUAAAAAUGUAAUCCAUGUUUGAGUUGCAGAAGCUUUAUGAUUCACUUUGGGUUCUGUUUUUUUAAUUACACCUUGAGCAAAAGUAAUUUGCAGUAUGAUUGUGCAAUUUGUAAGAGGUUAUUUCUGCUAAGUCAUUUGUAUUAACUUUGCAGUUAAACUAAACUUUGGUCUGGACUAUCUUUUAAAUGGCUAGUGAAUGGCUUUUAAAUGGCUACUGAGCAUUAAUGCACUGAGUACAAGCAAAGUUUUUUUGUUUUUUCCAAGCAAGUUCAGCAUGCAAUUUUAAAAUGAAGUACAGGGCUAAUGUUAUGGUGAGACUGCAUGGCCUUGAAAGGCUGCUCAUCUGUGUAGAAAAUACUUAAAGACAAACAUUGCAGGAAACGUGAUUACUGACACAACAAAAAUAGUUGUGACACAAAGUAUAUUUAGAUGCAUUUGUGCAAAAAGCCUCGUCUCAGCAUGGCACCUCGAGCACUGCUUUGAUGAUCUGAAACUAGAAUCUGUGUCAGUGUCAUCAAGCAAACAGCAGGAACCUUGGUCUGGUAUUCACAAUUUUUUUAAUAGUACCAGAUUACCUGCUCCAGGAUUAUCUGCUUCAUCUGCUGUUUGGCAUUUCUGCGUCAAAACUAAAUCCGAGAAGCAGCUGGGAUACAAGUACUAGUUUUCUGUAAGGGUUCCAACAGAGGAAGGAGAAAUCCCAUCUCUGCUGGCUAACAGUUCCCUCAAAUUGAACAGGCAACUGUUGCUCUCUGUUCUGAUCUAGGAAUCGUAACUUUUGCGUACUUUCACACUAAUUGCUAACAAUGCUUACUGUGAAGUCAGUCCUUAGCUUGUAAGCACGUAGAACCACUUACCGUUCAACUUCCUUUUUAAAGCUGGCAUUUGAAGGCACAAGUGAUGGUCUUAACAUACUACGUCAUAUUGCAAUAUAAUUCUUCAUCACUCAUUAAUUACAGAGAUGAAGAAAACUGAGUACCUCUAAGAGCAAUGCAGUUCUGUGAGAUGAAUAUUCAAGAGCUCCAGCCCAGCCAUACCUUCUGCCCUAAAACACGUGCACCCCUUAGCCUCCCUGCUGAAGCUUUUUUCAUCCAUUCCUGCAUUUUUUUUUUCCAGAGAGAAAGAUUUCAGUGGUGACAUAUAAAAAAAAAAAAAAAACAAUGGAGAAGAUAUUCUUUACCUUAAAGUUAAACAAGACAUUCCUGAUUUACUGUGCUCCUUGAAAACAAACUGGGAAAACAAAAAUCUGAAAUUUAAAAAGGUAACUUGUUUUUCAAAACUACCUAGGGAUUAC